CAAAGCUCGAAGGGCGUGGUGAGUGUAGAAGGCAAAAACUACAGAAGGAAAAAGGAGAUAGCAGGAUAUUCAUUAGUGAAGGGAGAGAUGGAAAUAGAAGAACUGAGCAGCUCUCCUUCAACAUUGCCCCUCCUGUCUCUCAACCAUGUAUCCUUUUUGUGCAGAUCGAUCAGCACUUCCGUCAGGUUUUAUGAAGAUGUGUUGGGCUUUGCUUCCAUUAAACGACCCUCGUCUUUCAAGUUUAAUGGAGCUUGGCUGUUCAAUUAUGGAGUUGGGAUACACCUUCUCGAGAACACUUCAGUGGAUGCAAAUAUCCUCAAAGAAUCGCGACCCAUUAAUCCCAAGGAUAACCACAUCUCUUUCCAAUGCACAGACGUGGAAGUGGUUAAGAUGAAAUUGAAAGAGUGGGGAAUGAAGUACGUGACUGCGGUGGUGGAGGAAGGCGGCAUCAAGGUGGAUCAGGUGUUCUUCCAUGACCCAGAUGGAUACAUGAUCGAGAUCUGCAACUGCGACAACCUCCCGGUGCUCCCUCUCUCUUCAUGCCCACUACGUGUGCGUAGGCCCGAUGAGAUAGCUUCCCUGGCGUUUCCUCUUUCCUCAUCUCCAUACAGUGAGUUCAAGCGCAGUGAAAUCACCUGCAAGAGUGCUGCGGUUGGGUGCGGAUUGAUGGAGCGUGCGAUGAUGAUGAGCCUGAGCAAGGAGAUGAUGAACUUUUCAUUCUAGUCUGUGAACUGUGUAAGAGUAAAACUACAAUUAUAUAAUUUGUAUUACAACUAUAUUUAAUUAAGUAUGGUUCAUGUUAUGUUUUGGUCUCUCAGUCUUGAAUCGGAGCUCGGAAGACUUGGCACAAAGUUUGUAUAUUCUUAAUAUGAGAAGAAUAAAUAUUGAAUUAUUUUGGUGA